AUGGAUUUGGUCUCUGGGAGAGUGAUUCAGGGGUGCUCGCCUUCCUGGAGAGGCAUCAAACCGCCGAGAUUUCCUCUCCUGCUUGGUUCUUGGGCUGCCGCCGGCAGCAGCGCGUUUCCUGGAUGCUCGUGCGCGCUAGCUGUUUGUAGAAAUGCCUCAGCGGUGGUGCCCUUUGCCAAGAAGAAGAGGAAGGGGUACAGUGUGGAGCCGCCUGAUGGAGAGGAAGAGAAAGAUGAUGUUCCUGAUGUGAUAGGGGGUGAGGUCGAGGAUGUUGAUGUCGAGGAGGAGGAGGUCGGCGAGGAGGACGCCGGCGAUGACGGUAACGAUAUAGUGGAUGACGAUGACAGCGACAAUGAUGAUGACUAUGAUUUCGAAGAUGAAUUUGAGAGUGAUGAUGAACAAGACCUUUAUGUUGGAGAUGGAGGUGCUGGUGGUGGAGUGUCACUUGCUGGUACAUGGUGGGGCAAGGAAGCUUUGGCUUUGGCCGAGGAGGUUUCAGCUUCUUUCGAUGGCGACUUGAAGAUUUAUGCUUUCAAGGCAACUGCAAAUUUAGAAAUCAGAGUUCGCAUCGAGAAGAUGUCCACUAGGUAUGGUUCUCCGACUAUUGAUGACAUUGAAGCAUACACGAUUGCGUACCGUGCAAAGUUGGAUGAUGCAGAGUCAGCAGGCAGGAUACCAAAGAACGUAUCCUUGGAGGUGUCAUCCCCCGGUGUGGAGAGAGUCAUCCGUGUCCCGGACGACCUUGAACGCUUCAAAGAACGGUCGAUGUAUGUCAGAUACGUUAUGACAAGCGAGGAUGCAGCCACGACCCAGGAAGGCGACGGCGUGUUCAGGCUCAUUUCCUACGACGUGGACCUGUGUGAGUGCACCUGGGGCAUAGCCGAUGUGAAGAUAAACCGGCAGCAGACCGGAAAGGGCAGGCCUCUGAGCAAGAAGCAGAGAGAAUGGCGUCUGCAGACGCCGUUCGAGUCGCUGAAGUUGGUCAGGGUGUACUCAGAAUGUUGA